AAACGUGGGUCUGGCUUACAUAUUGCUGCAGACGGCUCAUAUGACAGCAGAGGCUAUAGCGCAGAGAUAGGAAAGGUGGUUGUCGCGGACCAGUGCACCAAACUUAUAAUGCACUCGGAAGUGUUAGAUCGGUCCCAGUGCGACAACCAUAGCCCGAGAAGAGCCCUGCACUGGUUGAUCAUGCAAGGCUUAGAAAUAGCAUCCCUCACAACAGACAGAAGCCGGAGCUUUGGUUGCGUACUGGAUGAAGUAGAGCGUGUACACGGUACCGCUAUUGAGCAUUAUUUUGAUGGAUGGCAUCUCGUGAAAUGGCUAGGAAACGAGUUGAGAUACACGAGGAUUCGACGUCUUUUCAGGAGUCUCGCCGCUCAGAGUGUGGCGCUAUUGGUGGAUGGAUUGAGAAGGUCAAGACCCACCUUUGGAAGUGUAUUGAACGGGGCUCCUCGGGGAAAGACAUCAAGCAUCGGUCAAGCAGCUGUCUGA